AUGGGUAUUAUAAACGGAGAAUAUACUAAAGAUUCACCGGAUAUUGAGUCUCUCCUAGAGCUAAAUCCUCGAGUUCAAUUAAAUGCAACUUUAAAGCCAAGUUGUGAAACUAAAUUGGAAAAGCAUAGAUGGAAAAGAAAUGCUAAUAAAUCUUGUAAUGGAUGUACAGAAAACCUUUAUGAAAAUGACUUUCGAGAUAUCAAACACACAACAUUGUCGGAGAGGGGAGCAUUAAGAGAGGCUAUGAGAUGUUUGAAAUGUGCAGAUGCCCCUUGCCAAAAAAGCUGUCCCACACAGUUGGAUAUCAAAGCUUUUAUUUCCAGUAUUGCUAAUAAGGUAGGGAGGGUGAUAUAUGGAUGACAGUCAAUCCAAAAAUGAUAUUUGGUCAAAUAAAAAUGAAUUUGAAUAUAAUGGCAACCCAAAGUGU